AUGGUGGGUGGUUCUAUCCUUUUGAAGAGCUCUAAUGGAUAUGCCUACGUAGCUAGUGAAGGGGUAUCUUUAUUUUCAGAAACGAUCCGUGAACACAUGCAUAAGCACAAUUCCAUGGAUAUUGAGAUUACGAUUCCAAAAGUGUCCCGUGAAGUAGUAGCAGAAGUCAUCAAGUUCUGUGAGAUGCACGCAUUCGAGACUUCUGUUUUCAGAGACGAAAAUGAGAUCAAGAAAUGGGAUUCUGAGUUUGUUAAUCAUUUUGAUGAAGCUACCUUGCUAGGUCUCGGCAUUGCUGCUGAGUUUCUACAAAUAAAGAGACUGCAGAUGCUGAUUGCAACCAAGAUACCAAGAGAUGGAAAGACAUGUACCGAAACAAGUUUACCUUUAAAGAAGAGAAAAUGGCAUCAUGUAAAGAACACCAAUGGUAGAAGUUUUCGAUUGAAACGAAAAAUUGAAGAUGGAUUUGAUCAGAUUUGA